CUCUUUCUCAUGCCACCAUGAGCUGAAUUAACAUCUAAACUCCAGGACUGCACAGGAGAGAGACAUAAGAAAAGGUGUGGGGAAGAAGAGCAUUUCAACAGUAUGGGCUCAGGCCAGAGCAGUGAGAAGCUCCACUGCAACCGUUAUCUCAACGGACAGGGUCCUCCAUCACUAGUACAACAAGCUAAUGAAGGGCUGAAUGGGAUGCACAAAGCAGUGAAUGACUGCCAGCCAGAAGGCCAGAUGACCUGGGUGCUCCUCCACAGAGACCUGCCAGGAUUCCCUGAUGACAACACCCUGCAGAUCAACUACAUAUUCCCAGAUGGAAUACAGACAGAGAAACAUCCUCACCCUGGCCAGCCUUAUGCAGGGCUGCGACUUUGUGCUUACCUGCCUGACAGCCGGGAAGGCAGAAAAGUUCUCAAGCUGCUGGACAAGGCCUUUAACCAGCAACUCCUGUUUACUGUUGCCACCAAUAGACAUGGAGAGGACAUGGUCACUAUUGCUUCUAUCCCACUGAAAACACAUCCAGAUGGAGGGAACAGAAUUGAUGGCUACCCAGACUCUGAUUACCUGAAGACUGUGAGAAAGCUACUGAGGGAUAAAGGCAUUGAAUAACAAACGACACACGAUACUUAAAAUCUACAGCUUAUCUAUGAACGACCAGAGAUCCUGUGCCAUAAUAUGUCUUUUACAAAACAUUAUCUGAUGAUUGUUGUCAGUAUAAAAUCUUGGGUAUAAUCUGUGUAUUAUUACGUUAAUGCAGUUCUUACACAUCAAGUAUAUUUAUUAUAACAUGUAUUAACUCCAGCUUUUGGUGUCUUAUGUGCAAUAACUUGUCUUUGUGUGAAGCGAUUAUUUUAUUGUAUCAUAACAAAAAUGAUUUUUAAAACUUAGAAUGUAUAUAUAAUAUAUAUGAGCCAUAUCGCUGUAGGAAUGAGGUAAAUAUUUCAUUUAUUUUUACCCAACAUAAACCAAUUGGAAAAUAAAUUAUAAAAGCAGCAGUAGCUCAGUGUGGAUGGACUUGGGAACCAGAGGGUCGCCGGUUCAAAUCCCACGGACUACAAAACAUGCAGUGUGGACUGGUAGCUGGAGAACCUAACCCCAAGCCUGCUCAUGGUGCACUGUUAACGUGGCAGCCCCAUGACUCUCUCCCUGUUUGCAUGUCAUGUUUGCAUCUCCUUUGGUCUCAAACCUGGGCUUUGGAACCUGGAAUCUGGUUUUCAGAUCUGAGUGAAAUACAAGGAGUUAAAAUAUGAAAUAUAUAGUUGAACCAGACCAUGUAGGUACUAUAUUCAAAUAAUUAAUAGAAUUUUAAACCAGAACUGGAGAGAUACUGAAUGUUCUUUACCUCAAGUGUUUGUCACAGCAUUCUAAACCAACUGUAGAAGGGCAACUGCUGCAUCAUUCUGACAAGGAAAUAAUGAAUUGCAGUAGGUAAGAGGAAAUGAAGAUGUACAUAAGUUCAUGUAAAUAGCAAGACUCUUGAUGUGCUGAUUUAAGUUGAGAUAUUCCUUAAAAAACAUAUUUCGGACUCUGUGUUUUAAAGGUCCAGUGUGUACCAUUUAGGAGGCUCUAUUGGCAGAAAUAGAAUAUAAUAUUUAAAGGUAUGUUUUCAUUAGUGUAUAAUCAACUGAAAGUUAGAAUCGUGUGAGAGACUUUCGCUGACUUCCUGUGGCUCCUCACACACAUGGAUGGGAUGAUAGGAAAAAUGCGUUUUGGGCUAUUGUACGUGAUGAUCCCAGAAGUUGCAAAACCCCAUGCAGCCACUAGCUAAAAUCACUUCACAGCUCAGCACCAUUCCUUGGGGAAGGGCUUCCUUUGAAUAAAGGUAGGGGUUGCC